AUGCCUCGGCGCGCAAAAAAGUCUCGACGUGAAAAGCCCACGCGUCCAGAGACCGUUGGAAAUGAGCAAAAGUUUCGAUCACGCAGAAUGCUUCGUAGGAUGCUACGAUGCAAUACGCGGGUACUAAAACGUUGUGGACGAAUUAUAGCUUAUUCUGUCACUUAUGGUAUAUUGAUUUUCGUGCUACUUUCUGUGCUCUAUGCUAUCUUUACUCUUACAUAUAUUUCUUACCAGAGUUUUUCGCAAUCUUUUGAAUAA